AUGGAGUUGCUCCCUGGUCCUGAUGUUCUAAACAGCCUGUGUGGAGUUUUGAUUCGUUUCCGCUUAGAGAACAUCGCUGUUAUGUGCGAUAUAGAACAGAUGUUCCAUUGUUUUCAUGUUUCUCCCGAAGAUAGAGACAUGUUACGUUUCCUCUGGUUUGACGAAAACGACCCUGGAAAGAAUGUCAUUGAAUAUCGCAUGAUUGUGCAUUUGUUCGGUAACACCUGUAGUCCCGCCAUUGCUACUUACGGUUUAAGGAAAACAGCUGACGAGGGCGAGGAGAAGUAUGGUUAUGACGCGAAGGCGUUCGUGAGAGACAACUUCUACGUGGAUGAUGGAUUGACAUCCUGCUCCACCCCGGAAAUUGCCAUAGAGUUGGUAAAGAAGACCCAAGCUAUGUUGGCUGAAGCAAACCUUCGACUCCACAAAAUCGUGUCGAACUCGAUUACAUUGAUGGAAGCGCUCCCUCAGCAAGAUCGAGUAACGAAUGUCAGGGACUUAGACUUACACAACGAGCCUCUACCAGUUCAACGAUCCUUAGGGAUGUAUUGGAGUUUGCAAGAUGAUGCCUUUACGUAUCAAGUAUCCGUCUCGGAAAGGCCCUAUACACGUCGUGGAGUCCUAACAGUCGUCAACUCGGUGUACGAUCCACUUGGCUUUGCCACACCCGUAACGUUAAAGGGUAAACUUAUUCUUCGUAAGCUAGUUGCUAUGGGAAACAAAGACCGUACAGAAGACACACCUCUAGGAUGGGACGAUCCACUACCAGCGAAUUUGAAUGGGGAAUGGCAAAGUUGGCGUAAUUCUCUUACCACACUAGAAAACAUCUACAUCCCAAGAUGCUACCACGCGUAUGGCUUUGGUAAAGUUACUCGAAACGAAAUACAUGCAUUCUCAGACGCAAGCAAAGAAGCAGUCGGUGUUGCUGUGUAUCUAAAGCAAACCAACGCACAAGACGAAGUUAACGUAUCACUCGUAUUUGCCAAGGGAAAACUAGCCCCAAGACAAGCAACUACGAUCCCACGAUUAGAACUUUGUGCCGCGGUAUUGGCAACCCAGACUGUCGAACGAAUAACGAAAGAACUUAAAUUGGUAACCGUUGCUAAGGUAGUCUUCUACACCGACUCCAAGGUGGUCUUGGGAUACAUCCAAAACGAAAGCAGAAGAUUUUAUGUGUAUGUGGCCAAUAGAGUUCAAAUCAAUAGAAAGUUAUCAAACCCAUCACAAUGGAGAUACGUUGAAACUACCGACAACCCAGCGGAUCUCGCCACCAGAUGUACACCUGCGAGUGCCUUAAAGAGUUCAUACUGGUUUGAAGGCCCUACGUUUCUACGCGAUGCUGCCGAAACCACAGACAACAACGAAGAAUCAUUAUUAGACGAUAACGACCCAGAAAAAGCUACGAGGAAAGAUGCUCACACAACACAUGGCAGACCUACCAACCGAUAG